AUGACCAAGGGGCUGCAGAGUCCGCUCGACGAGGCGCAAGUGCGCCGUGCUGUGCUGGUGCUGCAGGCGUUUGUCGACAAGCGAAAGCAAGAGCAAGCGAGGACGCCGCUCGUGGACAACGUGGACUACGUCUCGUGCAUUUUGACGCGCAAAUUAGUGCCUGCCAAGACAUCGCUCAAGCCCAUUCCAAUCACACUGUCGCAUGCGCUGUACGACGAGGAAGCUGAGAUCUGUCUCAUUGUCAAAGACAGCGACAAGAAACGCAUCAAAGAGGCACUGGCUCAAGAUCCUGUUACUGGUGUGACAAAAGUGCUGACAGUGAAGAAACUGCGCAAGAACUUUUCGCGGUUUGAAGACAAGCGCGCGCUGGCUGACGCCUAUGACAUGUUCUUGGCCGAUGACCGUGUGCUGCCAUAUCUCAAGGGUGCACUGGGCACGAAGUUUUUUGUGAAAAAGAAAGCACCUGUGGCCGUGCGCGUCUCUCGCAAGAACGUCUCUACUAGUGUCCGACUCGCGUCACGUCGAACGGCUUUGCAUGUCAGUGGUGGCGUGUGCAACAAUGUGAAGGUUGCGCGACUAGACAUGACGCCUGAGCAGAUUGUGGACAACAUUAUGGUUGCCAUGAACCACUGUGCUAAUCUUGUGCCGAAGAGAUGGAACGGCGUCCAGUCGGUCAGCAUCAAGACGAAUGACUCGGUCGCGCUGCCCGUGUACAAUGCACUUGCAUCGCUAGCAAAGUUACCUCCAGUAGGCAAGACUGCGAAUCUGAAAAAGCGAAAGCUUGAGGAGUUUCUAGCCGAAGCCGUAGACGAGCCGCCGAAGUCUGAUAAGCAGCGCAGGGAGAUGGGAGUUGUGAUGAAAGAGGCGCUCCAGACGGAUCAAGUAGAACAAGCAGGAGGUAACCCGGUCAAGAAGCAAAAGAAGCCAAAGUCAACGAAGGCCACCACCGCUUUCAAAGCUAAGGAGACAGUAAAAGCGACGAUGAAGAAGCAGAGUACGAAGACCAAGACAGAGGAUGGAUCUGCAGAAACGACGGCACCAUUGGUAAAGAAGAAGGCUCGAGGCAAGCAGGGUGUACUGAAGAAGUAA